GAUAUAAUUCCCCCACAAAAUUUUUUUUAAAUAAAUAUCCUUUCUACCUAAAAAAAACACAUACAAUGACUUCUUAUCUUGAUAUUUCCACUGCCAACGAGACCUUAAAGACCUAUGGUCGCCCUGAUGGUCUUUCCGUUGAAGCCUUAAUGGAUGAACAAAUCAGUGGUGGUUUGACUUACAAUGAUUUCUUGGUCUUACCCGGUUUCAUUGACUUUGCUGCUGAGAAGGCAUCUUUGGAGUCCAAGAUCACUAAGAACAUCUCUCUCAAGACCCCUUUCUUGUCCUCUCCUAUGGAUACCGUUACCGAAGCUGAGAUGGCUAUCUCCAUGGCACUUUUGGGUGGUAUUGGUAUUAUCCAUCACAACUGUUCUGCUGAAGAGCAAGCCAACAUGGUUCGUCAUGUCAAGAAGUUUGAAAACGGUUUCAUCAAUGAUCCUGUUGUCUUGUCCCCUGAAAACACUGUUGCCGAUGUCAAGGAAAUCAAGGCUACCUCUGGUUUCUGUGGUGUCCCCAUUACUGAGAACGGUAAGCUUCUUGGUAAGUUGGUUGGUAUCGUUACCGCUCGUGAUAUCCAAUUCCACAACGAAGACAACACCCCUCUUAAGGAUGUUAUGACCACUGAUCUUGUUGUUGGUCAAGAAGGUAUUACCUUGGUUCAAGCUAACGACAUCUUGUGCUCCUCCAAGAAGGGAAAGCUUCCUAUUGUUAACAAGGAAGGUGCUCUUGUUGCUCUUCUUGCUCGUUCCGAUCUCCUCAAGAACCAAAGUUACCCCAAUGCUUCCAAGGUUGCCAAGUCCAAGCAACUUUUAGUCGGUGCUGCUGUCGGUACUCGUCCUGAUGAUAAGGAUCGUCUCUCUCUUCUCUAUGAAGCUGGUCUUGAUGUUGUUGUUCUCGAUUCUUCUCAAGGUAACUCUGUCUACCAACUUGAAAUGAUCCGUUGGGUUAAGGCUACCUAUCCUUCUUUGGAUGUCAUUGCUGGUAACGUUGUCACUCGUGAACAAGCUGCCAACUUAAUUGAAGCUGGUGCUGAUGGUCUUCGUAUCGGUAUGGGUUCCGGUUCUAUCUGUAUCACUCAAGAAGUCAUGGCUUGUGGUCGUCCUCAAGCUACUGCCGUUUUCCGUGUCUCCGAGUUCGCUCGUCGUUUCGGUGUCCCCACUAUUGCUGAUGGUGGUGUUGGUAACGUUGGUCAUAUUGUCAAGGCUCUUGCCCUCGGUGCUAAUGCUGUUAUGAUGGGUGGUCUUCUUGCUGGUACUACUGAAACUCCUGGUGAGUAUUUCUAUCAUGAAGGUCAACGUCUUAAGCGUUACCGUGGUAUGGGUUCCAUUGAUGCUAUGGGUCAAAAGGGUGGUAAGGAUGGUAACGCUGCUACCAAGCGUUAUUUCUCUGAAGGCGAUGCUGUCAAGGUUGCCCAAGGUGUUGUUGGUAACGUUGUUGAUAAGGGUUCCGUUCGUAAGUUCAUCCAAUACCUCGUUACUGGUGUACAACAUUCUCUUCAAGAUAUUGGUUACCCUAGUGUCAACGCAAUGAAGGCUGCUGUCUAUGAAGGUAAAGUCCGUUUCGAAAAGAGAACUGCUGCUGCUCAAAUGGAAGGUGGUGUUCACGGUCUUCACUCUUUCGAGAAGAAGCUCUUCUCUGCUUAAAAUAUGUUUUCUUAAGUUAUUUUAUUCUUUCCCCUUUUCUUCAUACUUUCUCUUUAUCAUUAUUUCCAUUCUAUUUUUUUGUUAAUAUUUGUAUAACACUACUAUCUCGUUCAUAUCUCAUUCAAUGCUUUUUUAAGACAUAUAAAAAACUAUUAAAUCAUUUGCUUCAAAAAAAAAAAAAAAAAAAAAAAAAAAA